AUGGAUGCUUCAUCUGUAGCAUUGGGUUUAGCAUAUGCUAUAAACUUAUUGGAUCUCUUUCAAGGAGGAAUACGUCAGUCGGCUGAAACUGAAAACCAUAUGAUUAGUGCAGAGAGAAUCGAUGAAUACUUUCAUAUUCCACCAGAGCCUGGUUUUUACAAAGAAGAGUUAGAACCACCAUCUAAUUGGCCUAUCGAAGGAAGAAUUGAAUUCGAUCAUUAUAAACUAAGCUAUCGUUCAGAACUCGAAUCUUUAUUAAAAGGUAUCAAUUUAAAAAUUGAACCACACAAUAAAAUCGGUAUCAUUGGACGUACAGGUGCUAGUAAAUCGUCUAUUUUUCAAGCACUCUUCCGAUUUACUGAUAAAUCAACAACAUAUGGCAACAUAUUAAUUGAUGAAGUUGAUAUUAGUAGAAUUAGUUUAAAUGAUUUACGAUCAAAUUUAAAUAUCAUUCCGCAAUCUCCUGUAUUAUUUAGUAAUACAUUAAGAUAUAAUUUAGAUUCAUUCAAUCAUUAUACUGAUGAGCAAUUAUGGAACGCCUUAGAAGCUGUUCAAUUAAAAACAAAGAUUCAAAAUUUAAAAGAUAAACUAAACACACAAAUGUCAGAAUAUGGAAGUCAUUUUAGCGUUGCCGAAUGUCAACUAAUAUGUGUAGCAAGAGCAAUUUUAAAACCAAGUAAAAUUUUACUAAUCGAUGAAGCAACAGCACAUGUUGAUACAAAAACUGAUGAAUUAAUUCAACAAAUUUUACGCAAAAAAAUGACGAAUCAUACUGAAUUAACUAUUGCACAUCGUGUGAAUACAGGAAUUGAUAGUGAUAAAAUUGUUAUUAUGAAUGAUGGUAUCGUUGCAAAAUAUGGCACACCAAGAGAAUUACUUACUGAGAAAAAUGAACUACUUACUAACAUGAACGGUGACGAUGAACCAGUUAUCUACUUAGGGUUAGCCAAAAGUAAUGUCGAAGAUACCUUAUUCUCUUUUAAGACGAUCAAAAAAAAUUCUUUUUUUACAGAACGAUAG